UAUACAAGGGUGUUCCUAAAGAGCAUAAACAUACAAAAAAAUCUUCAAAAAACAUCUUCUUUUCUUAUGAUUUUCUCUGAGAAAUAUGAAUCUUCUUAUACUUCUUGAAGUGGAUAAUUACUCUAACUCUAGCUCCUACUGUUCCAUACAGGUCAGACGAGCCUGAUGAGUCCACUGAGGUCUGGAAUUUUCCGAGCACGACACUGGUGCCAGCACCAAAAAGAUCGUUCAAAAGAACGCCAUCUAGGAAAGAAAAACAGAAGGUGGCGAAACAGGUUGAGAAGAAGUCUUGGCAGAAGAUACUGGGCCCGAUUAACAAGGGCAUGUGGAAGAAGUGGAUUAACGAGGAGUUUAGUGUGCGAAUAGUGCAGCCCUCGAUUCUGCGCAAGAUGAGAGGAAGAAAGAUAGAGUGGCCAGCUGGGGGUCAGGCACAGAGCAGUAGACAGAUAGAGUUGCAGUCUGCGAGUGAGGAUCAGGCACAGAAAAGUAGACAAGUAGAGUUGCCGACCAAGAACACUAGUGACGCACAGAGCAGUAGACAGGUAGAGUUGCCGUCCAAGAGCGCGAGUGACGCUCAGAACAGUAGACAGGUAGAGUUGCUGUCGAAGAGCAUGGCUGACGGACUGCAGAUUGCUCACAAGCAGAAGAUGAAGUGGACUGAGAUGCUCGGAUGUUGGGUGUUCAGUGGUCAAAUGGAUGAUCAGGAAAAGGAUGAAAGCCCGAUGGACGACAUUUCCGAGAGGAGUGGCUCCAAGUCGCAGAGCUCCGUCGACUUGGAUGGCGAAAACGAAGAAUCAACCGAAUAGAUUGAUGAAUCUCGGAAGAGUAUUAUCUACCCCGGUGCUCUCGUUGGAUUAGAUUUAAACCAGUAUUUCAUUAGAAGACAGGUCUCCGUUCUUCAGUUGCUCUCGUCGAAUUUGAUUACACCCGUAUUUUAUUAGAAAGCAGGUCUCCGUUCUUCAGUUGCUCUCGUCGAAUCUGAUUUGAACCCGUAUUUUAUUUGACGGUCUCCUCCGUUCUUCAGUUAUUAUCAUGGCUUACCAGGGUUUAUGUAGAGCGUGUUGAUGUUUUUGUCAAUUGAAUGCUUAACCACAUGUGUUUGUUUU